UGGCUGGGGAAUUCUGGGAGUUGAAGUCCACCCAACUCAAACCAUGGCUGGCUGGGGAAUUCUGAAGUCCACAUUGUAAUCACACUUUAACCUUCUUCCCAUAAUCCACUGUCCAUCUUGCGCACUCAAAGAUCAUGAGGCGCUAUAGAGUCAGUGUCAAGGGAUCAAAGCCUCUACCAGUUCGAAAGACCCUUCAUGGUGUUGCGUUAGGGGUCUUCCCCUCAGCCAACUGAAUGUGAAUUCCUCAAAUUCUUGGAUUAGCCGGCGGAAUUCACGCCAACCCAACAGAAGACCACUAAUCUGUCCCCGAAAGCAAGACCGGGAGAUCUAGGCCGCGAGGUAUCUAAGCAACCGAAGGACACCGGAAGCCGCGCUACCGACGGCUCUCGUUGGCGCUUCCAGCUCACCGCUGAUUGGCAGAAAGGCCGGAAGGGGGCGGACGCAGCCGAGGCGGGAAGGAAGGUUCGAAGUCGGAAAAAGCGAGUGAAGAAGCGCUUGGCACCCUGAGGUGGAUUGUCCUGAAAAGUCAACGUGAUUAUGGCAUUACAAACAUCAGAAUACACCAUUGGUGGAGUGAAAAUUAUCUUCCCUUGUAAGGCUUAUCCAUCACAGCUUGCUAUGAUGAAUGCAAUUGUGAAGGGGCUGAGCUCCAAGCAACACUGCCUGCUGGAGAGUCCCACAGGAAGUGGAAAGAGCUUGGCGCUGCUCUGCUCUGCGCUGGCCUGGCAGCAGUCCCUUUAUGGUGAGGCCUUAGAUAAACCGCUGGAUGACUCAAAAGAAUGCAAGAAGACUGGGGCUUUGAAACCGUGCCGCUGCCCAUGCCAUGCUAAAUCGUCUGGUCAGGAUCUACAAGGAGGCAGCCAAAGCACAUCUUCUUUCUUCCCCAACCAUGCAACAGAGACCUCACCAGGCAGUGGAAGUAGCUCAUUCAACAAAGAAAGCCUCUCACGAACGACAUUGGCUUCAAAACUGUCUGCCAAACAGCAAGCCUCGUCCCAUGAAGAAGACGACAGCGACAACGAUUUCAAAGUAGAAAGGAAGAGGAUUCGUUCACUCGAAGCAGAGAACCAGGCGAGAAAGCGAUAUCGGCUGGCCACAGGAACCCAGCUGGUGGAUGCUUUGGAAGUUCACGAACAGCGGAAAAAUGGGGAAUUGACUGUGACUCUUGGGAAAAGUGAUCCUUCCUCACUUAAAACCUUACAACCGCCCAAUCCCUGCACCACGUGUUCUUGCUCCGAUCUUGAGCAAAACACCAAAAAUGCUUCUGAGGCCAAGAAGGAGAAUGGAGGGAAGUUGCCGAUCCCCAAAAUAUUUUUCGGCACCCGAACUCACAAGCAAAUAGCUCAGAUUGUGAAGGAGCUGCACCGGACUCGCUACUCAAGAGUGCGCAUGACCAUUCUGUCAAGUAGAGAGUAUUCCUGCGUCCAUCCACGGGUCUCCCGAGGGAGCAACAAGAAUGAAAAGUGCUCAGAGUUGCUGGAAGGAAAAGAGAUAGAAAACAUCAGACUUGGGAUUUGGAAGAAUUGGUGAGCUUGGGAAAGAAACUCCGAUCCUGCGCCUACUUUGCAGCUCGUGAGCUAAUGGCGUAUGCCGAGAUUGUGUUCUGUCCAUACAACUAUCUUUUGGACUCUCAGAUAAGAGAAAGCGUAAGUAUGAAUAUCA